AUGGAAUUAAAUGGUUAUGGAUCAUUCAAAAAUGAAAUUCAAGAAGAAAUGGAAAUAGAUUCAAUAACAAGUACUGUUAUUGGAAAGAAGCUUGGAGAUUUCAUUCCAAUUUACAUUCCAGCAGUUGAGAAAAGAGUUCUCAAUCAAAACCCCCAUGAAAGAAGGUUUCUUGAUUUUCUAAAAGCUCGUCCAUCAAGAGACUGGUUUCUCAAAUCCAACUUUUUUCGAAAAAAUGCAAGCAUAGAAGAUGCUCAAACUCAAACUUCAACUGACCGACGACGACGUUUCCGUGUGCCAUUUGUCCGAAGAAUCAACUGGAAGGCAUUGAUAAACAGCUUCAAAAACUGGAUAAAAAAUCCUGCUCAUAUAGCAUUCUUGAUUUGGUUAGCCUUCGUCGUCGGAGGCCUAAUCCUCCUCGCUCUCGUCAUGCUUGGAUUACUAAACGAAGAGAUACCGAGUAGUUCUAGACGAAAGAAAUGGAUAGAAAUCAUAAACCAAAUACUCAAUGCUCUGUUUAUGAUGUUAUGUUUGUAUCAACAUCCAAAUAUUGCUCAUCAUUUUGUGCUUGCUGUGAGAUGGAAAUUUAGAAGAUAG